GAACCCAAUAAUGAAGCCACAGGUGUUGCUUGUAGUGGUCCUCUUUUGCCUGGUUGGAUUGGCCCCGUCACGGAGACCGCCAAAGCAAAAUAUUGAGCUUUGGAUAAGGCCGAAGCCUUACCCCGAAGCCAACCCUAAUUAGAAUCACUGUUGUGUCAUCUUUAUUGAAAGGAUACGGUCUUUAAUUAUGUAUGGAAUCAAUAUAUACAAAUAAAUGAGCUUGCAUUUUGGUUA